UUUUAUAUUUAUCUGUAGGUGUCUUCAAAGAAUGUGGAAUCUUUUGCAUCCAUGCUGAGGCGUUCUCCUUUGGUUCAGAUGGGGCCUGCCAAAGACAAAAUUGUCCUUGGUCAAAUUUUCCACACUGUAGAAGAUGAUCUUUAUAUAGACUUCGGUGGCAAAUUUCACUGUGUGUGCAAACGACCAGAAGUAGAUGGAGAAAAAUAUCAGAAAGGCUCCAGAGUGCGUCUGAGACUGGUGGACCUUGAACUCACAUCUAGAUUCUUAGGAGCAAAAACGGACACAACUUUACUGGAGGCUGAUGCAGUGCUUCUAGGGCUCCUGGGAAGCAGAGAAAUAAGGCAAAAAGAAUAAAGCUAUGUAAAUAAAAAAAUCAAUAAACUGUGUAUGUUUAACAUUUAUUUUGUACAAUUCGCUUGAUCUCAGAAAAUGUUAGGAUACUUUCCCCACGAUUGUGUAAAUGGUAAAGUAAAUAAAAGAAAAAGGCAAAAAUCA